AUGAUCCGGAAGUCAGACAACGUUUCCGUCCGUAUCUGCGGCGACUAUUCUACAGGGUUGAACAACGCACUAGAUUCAGAUGCCCAUCCGCUUCCGCAUCCAGAUUAUGUUUUUGCUGAUCUGGCUGGUUGCCGGUAUUUCUCCCAACUCGAUCUAUCUGAUGCGUACCUGCAAGUCGAGGUUGAGGAGGAAUCUCAGAAGUAUCUAACGAUCAACACUCACCGUGGACUGUUCAAAUACAACCGUCUGCCGCCUGGAAUCAAGUCCGCUCCUGGUGCGUUCCAAAGGAUUAUCGAUAGCAUGGUCGCUGGUAUUCCUGGAGUGAAACCGUAUCUGGAUGACAUCAUGAUUGCCGGUAGGACAAAGGAAGAACACGAUCGCAGCCUCCAUGAAGUUCUGGAACGGAUCAAGACGUACGGUUUUCAUCUGAGGAUCGAAAAAUGUCGAUUUGGCCUAUCGCAAAUCAAGUUUCUAGGUCAUAUAAUCGACAAAGGCGGCUUACGACCUGAUCCAGCGAAGACUACCGCAAUUUCGCAGAUGCCAGCUCCAAUGAACGUAUCACAGCUUCGAUCGUAUCUUGGAGCUAUCAAUUAUUAUGGGCGUUUCGUCAAGCAGAUGAAGGAGCUGAGAGCACCCAUGGACUACUUGCUGAAACAAAACGUCAAUUGGGAAUGGACUGCAAGCUGCCAGAAGUCAUUCGACAAGUUCAAAACGCUGCUCACUUCCGACUUGUUGCUGACGCACUUCGACCCGAACAAGGAAAUCAUUGUAGCAGAUGAUGCAUCCAAAGACGGCUUGGGCGCUGUUAUUAUGCAUCGCCUCCCGGAUGGAUCAGUGAAGGCAAUUUCGCACAUUUCAAGAUCACUGACCCCUGCAGAGAAAAAUUACGGCCAGAUCGAGAAAGAAGCUUUGGCGCUGAUUUUUGCUUGCGACUCGGAGAUUCAGAGCCGCAGCAGCCCAACAGUGAUCGACGAGGAGGGGGUGGAAAGAUGCCAUCAAGCAAAGACCACCGUAUCAAAUCCCGCGCAAAGCGACACCGCAAAAACCUGUGCGUCCGAUGACCGACGAUGA